AUGUGCCGCCGAUACCUCGAGCUCAGCUUCGCCACCCAGACCGCGGACCAGACGCUCGAAGACUAUUCUGCUUUGUUCCGCAUCCUUGCGAUCGUGGAUGUGUUGCUUGCAGUAGCAUUCGCCGUGCGGAUCGGUCUCACUGUCUCGCUCAUGGUUUGUGACCCCGACUCAGCCGGGGCUCUGACUCUCCUGCCGGUGCUGGGGGUCUGGGUGGUUUGCAUCUGGCUCUGCGACGCGGCGCUGGUGAUGCAUUUGGGCCGCUGCGUGAGCGAGGCUUCCACCAGCAACUCCGUGUGCCCAGACUUGGUAGCGGAUCUCGUCCACAGGAAGCGACUCUGCCUUGUGGUGUCCUCCUUGGGACUUGCCGUCUACCUGAGCCGAUUCUGCGUGGAGCUGUGGCAGUUCAGUGAGCAAGGGCUCUUGGACACAAUGCCACUGCCCACCUGCAUCCUUGCGGUGGUGCUGGUGGUGAAGGUGCUGCGGCUGCUGGCCUUGAACUCAUUCAGUAAAUGGGUCAGGACGACCGGCGGCACUUCCAGCGUUGAACCCCGCCAACAACGCCCAUGCGGCCGAAUUUUGACCACCUGGGGACCUUGA